AUGUCUGGCAGGCUAGAUCAAUCUCUCGACUCCAUCAUUGAUAGCCAGAAGAAGGCGAAGCGCGAGGCUCGCCGUCGCAAGGUCGGAAAGUCAACUGGUCCCACUGCUCCCGUUGGUGGUGUCAAGAAGGCAACCAAACCGGCAAAAUCUGCCAUCAAACCGUCUGCCGGCGCUGCGGCUCAAUCACGUCCAAGCAAGAUCGUUGUCAGUGGAUUGCCAUUCGACGUCAACGAAGCCCAGAUCAAGGAAUACUUCGGCAAGUCCGUAGGCAACGUUAAGAAGGUCUCUUUGCAGUACAACCAGAAUGGUCAGAGCCGUGGUAUUGCCGACAUCAUCUUUUCGAAGCCCGACUCUGCCGCCAAAGCUGCAAAAGACCUGAACGGAAUGCUGGUGGAUAAGCGACCAAUGAAGGCAAGCACGACACCAUCCGCACCCAGUGUUCCGGAGCCGGCUCCAGCCAAGUCACUUGCGGAACGUGUUGCCGCCAACCCCAAAGCCCAACCGAAGUCAGCUACCACAACAAAGAAGGUGACCGGAAAGGAUGGCACCAAGGGGAGAUCGGCCGGCAAACCCGGGAAGCCAAAGCGUGGGCGAAACCCUCGAGCCAAACCCAAGACCGCCGAAGAACUCGACGCCGAAAUGACCGACUAUUGGGGGGGUAAUAACCCCUCCGCAGUGGGCACGGCCGCUGAAGCUGCAACCACCAACGGUAUUGCUCCGGCUGCUAACACCGGCGAUGAUAUGGGCAUGGAGGAGAUUUCAGUGAGCGACGUCGAAUUCAUCUGCUGA